GGGCUGGGUGUUGGAAACAUGAACAUAUAAAUGUUCAUUCAUUUCAGAGAAGCAGAGGCACAUGACAAAGGAGAACUAAGCUUUGGUCUGUAUUUUCUACGUGUGUGUGCCUAUCUGUCUGUGCACGUUGGUGUGUGUAUAAGAAAGGGAAACUGUUUCACAUUCUGUGUCUCUUCGUGAAAUGGAGCAGCAACAUAUUCAAGUAGAGAAGAAAAAGCUCUGCUGUUCGAUCUGUUUAGAUCUGCUGAAGGAUCCAGUGACUAUUCCCUGUGGGCACAGCUACUGUACAAACUGUGUUAAACAUCACUGGGAUGAGGAAGAUCACAAGAAAACCCACAGCUGCCCUCAGUGCAGACAGACCUUCACACCGAGGCCUGCUCUGGUGAAAAACACUGUCUUGGCAGAGUUAGUGGAAGAGCUGCAGACGACUGAACUCCAAGCUGAUCACUGCUACGCUGGACCUGGAGAUGUGACCUUUGAUGUCUGCUCUGGGAGGAAGCUGAAAGCUACCAAAUCCUGUCUGGAGCGUCUGGUCUCUUACUGUGGGCAACACUUCCACCCUCACUAUGAAUCCCCUGCCUAUAAAAAACACAAGCUCAUCAAACAAUCAGGGAAGCUCCAGGGGAACAUCUGCUCUUGUCACGGUAAAGAUUUGAAGCUUUUCUGCCGCACAGACCAGAAGUGUACCUGCCUUCUCUGCGCAGUGUAUGAACACAAACACCACGGCAUGAUCUUGGCCUCGGAAGAACGCAGUAAAUGGGAGGGGGAGCUUGUUUCAAGUCAACAAAAGAUUAAAAAGAGAAUCCAGGACAGAGAGAAUGAUAUGAAGGUGCUUCAGCAUGAGAUGGAUGCCAUCAAUUAUUCUACUGAUAAGGCUCUCAAGGAAAGUGAGGAGAUCUUUACUCAGUUGCUUCAUCUUAUCAACAACAUGAGGUCUGAUGUGAAGUUGCAGAUUAAAUCCCAGCAGAAGACAAAAGUCAGUCGAGCCAAAGAGCUUCGAGCCAAGCUGCAGCAGGAGCUCAGGUGGCUGAGGAGGAGAGAUGCUGAGCUUGAGCAGCUGUCACAUAGAAAAGAUCAUGCAACUUUUAUUCAAAAUUACUCCUCUUUGACAUGCAUAAAUCAGGGAACCGACCCACGCAGGAUUAACAUGCAUCUUCUGCAGUACUUCGAGGACGUGACACUAGCUGCGCACAAGGCCAAAGAAAAACUACACGCGAUUUUUACCGAUACUUCCACCAAAAUUUCACUGAUAGAGAAAGAAGUUAGUGUUUCAGUACCAUCAGGAGAGCCUAAGACCCGAGCAGAAUGUUUACAACACUCACAAGUACUCACACUGGAUCCAAACACAGCAAACACACACUUGUCACUAUCUGAAGGGAACAGAAAAGCAACUGUGAUGAGUGAAAAACAGUUAUAUCCCAGUCAUCAAGACAGAUUCACUGACAUGUUUCAGGUCCUGAGCAGAGAGAGCCUGAGUGGACGUCAUUACUGGGAGGUGGAGAAGAAGUCAUUUGAAGUUUCAAUAGCGGUUACCUACAAAGAUAUCAGAAGAACAGGGUAUGAAAGUGGAUUUGGAAAUGAUGACAAAUCCUGGGCUUUAGAGUGUUUUCAUAACAGUUAUCAGUUCAGACACAAUGCCACCAGCACUUUAAUCAGAGGCCCUCAGUCCUCAAGAAUAGGCGUGUACCUGGAUCACAGUGGAGGUAUUUUGUCCUUCUACAGCGUCUCUGACACGGUGAAUCUCCUCCACAGAGUUCAGACCACAUUCACUCAGCCGCUGUAUCAGGGUCUUGGUGUUUUUGCUUCUUCUGAUGCUCCUGCUGCUGCUGCUGAGCUGUGCGAGCUAAAAACAAUACUAGUGCCUGUAAGUCCUGUGUAAGUUGUGCUGAAAAUCAGUGAUUUCCAUGAGAGUAACUGAGGGACAGGCAAAGACUUUAGGCAGUAAAAGAUGUAUUAAUAGCAAAAAAACCAAACAAACAAAAAAGCAUCUGAAGAUUAUAAAUAAGGAUAUGUAACAAUAAUCUUGAAAACCAUAACUAAACUUGAACAAAGACACAAUUUGGGGACAUAGCAGCUCAAGCUACUUGUGCUAAAAGUCAGUGAUUACUGUAAAAAAAUAUUUGUGGACACAUAUGGUUGUUUCUAUGGUAGAAGAGGGUUAAAGGCAUAAAGAAAGCUUUUAGAAAUAAUUAUUUGACCGUUUUAUACAAAAUACAUAGAUUCUGUCAUGGGGACUCAAAUGGCACUAAAUAGUUUGAAUGAACCAAACAUAAAGUUAAAUAUUUUAUUUAAAUUUAAAUAGUAGAAGCCUCACAGUGGGUCAAUACAAUAUUUCUCUUUAAAUUGCAUCAAAGGUGAUCCAUUAGAGUCCAGUCAGGUGGCAUGUUGGCCAGUUUUCAUUUCAGCUUUAUCUUUGUCUUUGUUCCUGUUGUAUAGCCACUGAAAGGGUGAUGCUUUCAAUGAACUGAAACAAAGGUAGGACACUUUUCUAUGUAACCAUGCUUCUGUGAAUAAUUUGACACAAACAUAUAUAUUAGAGUUAACAUACUAAUCUCCUAAAGAGAAGAAAAUUCAGCAAAGCUUCUUCUUUUAAAAAAAAACAAAACUUAAUAUAUCCCACCUUCAUAUUUUGCAACACUUCUGCUCUGCCUAAACAGAGUUGUGCUGUCAUCUCCUGUUUACAUUAGCAGGCAUUCCUAAAUCUCCAGAGCAAUUAAAUAAAGCAAACAUGGAAGUGAGUCAACUAAAGUAAAGUGAUAGUGGGUGUGGAGGGGGUGUCAGCAGGUUUACAGAAAUCAGUUUGUUUUGUGAUAUGUUUUCUUUUUGAUAACUAAACUGUUAAAUCAUGUUUUUUGUUUGUUUGUUUGUUUUAGUUUUUUAAACACAUGUCAGGUUUAUGAUAAUUAUUAAAAAAUAGAAAAGCACAUUUAAACUUGGACUGAGCCGAGACUGGUUUUAAAACCAAGUGUAAAGAAGAUCCAGUGAUUUAUUUCAUAGUUUGCUAAAGCUCAAGACUUUGUGUGUUUUCAGACACAAGUCUUUUCUUCACAUGUUUACACUCCAGUAUUAUUAGCUUAAAAUACAAACUCUGUAGUCAAAGAGCAGUUACUUUCAAAUGUAUUUUAACAUUUGCACAGUGAAGAGACGUUGCUUGAAAUGUUUUAAACCGUGUGUUUUGUUGUAUGUGAAUAUUUGCACAAUCCUUGUUAAGUGUGUAACAUCUUUUGCAAUUAAAACCGUGAUUUAUAAUCUUUAUUUUCAAUACAGAAAUAUGGAUCUAUUUUAAAGCACAGUAUAAUUUGUGUUUGUGUCUUUUACUGUAAAAACGAUUUUAAUACAGUUUUGUUUUUAAAUAUUUGAUUUUGUCAAUACUUUCCCUUCAGUUAACC